AUGCAGCCACUUUUGUAAUCAGAAGAUCCUUCCACCAAUACAAAUAGGGAUCCUCAUGGUUUUGGAUUAUCAUAGGCUACCUUUGUGAACGUAUUCUUCCACAUUCUACAAAUAGGAUUAAGCCUCCGACAUUCAGAGAAUUUAUGAAGAUUUGUACUCCAAAGUCAAAAUUGGUGAUCUCAAGGGAGUCAGGUAUCUUCUUGGAAUUAAUGACAACGAUUCCUUUAGCCAAAUGCAACCAAUCAAUAUUCAAAAUAUCGCAGAUGAAAAAAAAAAUACCUUGCUUAUGCAUGCUGUUUGGAAAGAUCACACCAAGCUUUUUACAGACUUAAUAAAAUAUUCUCUAAAAUUAUUUGGGUAACAAUUCAUUAAGCAAAUCUAGUGAGUCUGCUACCAAAUAAUGGGUCACUCAAUAAAAUGAUUCAGGAAAUCAAUGCAUGCAUCUAGCUACUCAAAAAGGUAAUAUAGCAAUUCUUGAUGCAAUCCUCAAACUAGGAAUCAAAUUGGAUGCAAAAACCAGGUUAGGACAAACAACUCUCCACAUAGCGUCAUAAUCAGAUUAACCUAUUAUGUUAUACUAUUUAGUUAAUAUCGCGCACGUUAAUAUCGAUAUAACAGAUAACGAUUUUAGCACUGCUUUGCAUUUAGCCAGCUACUCAGGUAGUGAAUAAUGUGCUGCUAUGCUGCUAGCUUGGGGUUGUAAAAUUAAUACUAAGAAUAUUUUUGGUUGCACUCCUUUGCACGUCUCUGCAAUUAGUGGGGAAUAUAAAAUCACUAGAAAGUUAUUGCUUUAUAAUGCAAAAACAAGAUUAAAAAAUAAAUAGGGGAAGACUGCUUAGGAGUUGUCUGAAUAAAAUGAAUUCUUAACUAUCACUUAAAUGAUCAUGGAAUACUAGGAAGGGGAUAUCAAAUGCAGCAAUCUAUUUGGAUAGAGAAAUAAACCUAGGAUUGUAUUAUUAUAUUAAUAACCAUUUAUAGAAUCAAAAGACUAGAUUAUAAAUGUACGCUUUCAUUUUCAUGUUAAUACUCAAUCUAAUCUAUUAAAUUCUAUUUUCAUUGGGAAAUAACUUGUUUGGUUACAUUUAAAUCAUUUUAGACAUAUUUCAAAUCUGUUUAUUUGUCUUCAUCAUUAAUUCUGAUCCUGGAUAUCAAGUCCAAUAUAAAAAAGAAGGUCAAAUAUUUUAUUAGAUUCUACAGAAUAAUCCCAAGAAAUUGGAAAUUUGUGCAGAAUGCGAAACACUUAAGGCCAAAAGAAGUCGUCAUUGUGAUUUCUGUAAUAGAUGUAUCAAAGUCUAUGAUCAUCACUGCCCAUGGAUAAAUAAUUGCAUAGGGGCAAAAAACCAUUUUGUAUUCAUCAUAUUUAUCUGGAUCACUUUCUUAACAAUUGGAUUUCAAUUAUUUGUUUCAAUUGUAUUGUUCAUCAAUAUUGUUUGGAAAUAAUCUUAUAUUGGAAUACUAUCGUCAAACUUGGGUUACUGGGAUACAUUUGACUUUUUAUUUAACUCUCUAACAGAUCUCAGAAAGUACUUUAGCCUCUCUAAAGGCGUUUAAAUAGAAUAUAUAGUCUUGGAAUUAUUGAUAACAUUGAUGUUUUUUGUGUUACUAAGCCAUUUACUAUGCACAUAACUGAAGAAUAUGUAUUAUAAUAGAACUACCUUUGAGAGACUAAGCAAAAAAUAUCAGGGGUUUAAGUAAUACAAGUUAUAUAAUCUUUUAGUAAUUAGUAAUCAAGUUUACUAGAAAGUAGUUACAUUGAAAAUGAAGUUAGCAAUUCAAAUUGCUUAAGGAACUGUUCCCUUUUGCUAUUUCGGAACAAAAAUUCUUAGGAUUACAAUUACGUUUACCAUGAUAAUACAAGCCUUACAACAGCAAUAAUUUCCUGA